AUGUUUGGAAGUGUAACAAUAAAUACUUAUAAUUAUAGUAGCCCGCACAGCUGUGCACCCCUCGUAGGCGAAAUGGAACCCUCUUUAAAUUUGUACGCAUGCGCAGAGGGGGUCAUUGCAGCACCAUAUCGCCCUACCAGGCACAAAGCGAGUAGCCAACGAUGCUUGAUUCCCGUCGUACGCCAUUACCGCACGCUGAAAGUAAAAAAGUUUAUUUUUUCCAAAUUGUGAAGCAAUUUAAGGCAAUGUAUUAUUUGAGUGUUACGUGAUUAAAGUUACAAGUACAUUGUUUUCACCAAAAUGCCUAUGUUAGUUGACUCCAAGCACAGAAAUGUGUCAUCAGUAGCGCCGGGCACUGCGUUGUUCAAAAACGCGCCCGCGACCGCGAAGACGCGACCUCUGGUGGAACCGGUGCUGACGCUGCCCACGCCAUGCUCCGCGUACGAGCCCGGCGGCUCGCGCGGCAGCUCGCUCAGCUCGUCGCCCACCUCGCCCACGCUGCCCAACCUCCCCCUCGCCGUCGACAAGCCCGACAACAACCACGUGCUCGCCGCCGACAUGCACCGCGAGGAGAACCGACUCAAAACCUUCGACACCUGGCCCCUCACUUUCAUAAGCCCCCAAACUCUCGCCAGCAACGGAUUCUACUACCUCGGCCGCAGCGACGAGGUCCGAUGCGCGUUCUGUAAAGUCGAAAUCAUGCGGUGGGUGGAGGGCGACGACCCCGCUCGAGACCACCAGAAGUGGGCGCCGCAGUGCCCGUUCCUGCGCAAGCAGGCGGCGGCCGGCGCGCUGCCCGCCAGCCCGCUGGCCACCGACGGCACCGGCCAGGACGAGUGCGGCGUGCGCGCGCCGCCCGCCGGCGCCAGCGUGUGCAUGCCGGGCCCCGUGCACCCGCGCUACAACACCGAGGCCGCCCGUCUGCGCACUUUCAAGGACUGGCCCAAGAGUAUGAAACAGAAGCCCGAGGAGCUCGCCGAGGCCGGCUUCUACUACACCGGCCAGAGCGAUAAGACCAAGUGUUUCUACUGCGACGGCGGCCUCAAGGACUGGGAGGAGGACGACGUCCCGUGGGAGCAGCACGCGCGGUGGUUCGACCGGUGCGCGUACGUCCAACUCGUCAAAGGCCGAGAUUACGUUCAAAAAGUUAUAUCGGAGGCGUGCGUCGUCCCCGAAACGAUACCCGCGCCCAAACCGGAGCCGGUCGCCCCUACGAAAAGCGAAGACGAAAAAUCGGAAGUGGAAGACUCAAAACUGUGUAAAAUCUGUUACGAGAACGAGCGCAACGUGUGCUUCGUGCCGUGCGGGCACGUGGUGGCGUGCGCCAAGUGCGCGCUGGCCACGGACAAGUGCCCCAUGUGCCGGCGGACGUUCACGAGCGCCGUGCGCCUGUACUACUCGUGAGUGGAGCCCCGCGAGGCUCGGAUCUAGUCAACCGCCACCUGUCGUAGCGGCGUCCUGAACCGCGCCGCGGGCCUAGCUUCCAUGCAUUCUGAGGACGAGUUGCACCACGCCAAUCGAUCGAUCCAUCUAACUUAUCGACUUCAAAAAUUGGGGUGGCAGUUGUUAUCUCAUCAAAGUUUUCGUUCGUGCAAAUUCUAAAGAAUUGUGUAAAGUUAUAAGGUUUGGUGCGACCCGUCCUAAGAGUCUACGCGAUGUGCUGUGAUUUUUAAUUUAAAUCGACGGCGGAAGGACGAACGUCUCCGGUCCGACGACGAACCGCUGGCGAAUUGUAAAUGUUGAAUGAUUUUAAAUUAUUUAUUGUAAAAAAUUUUGACAUGUAAAUUCCAAUGUAAAUAACAAUUUUAGCUUAUCAUUUUGUCCCACCAGUUGAAAUGAAAUUCUAUAUGCUAUAAAUGAUGUCGCGUACCUUUCUGAUGUGAAAGUUUGGACUGUCAAAUAAUAUGUUACACCGACUAGUCUCUUGAAAUUGCCACCGGGCCCUGUGAAGUAAGAUUAGCAAAUCUAAUUAGGGUCUAAUAACAAACCAGUAACUGGUGGUCAUCAAAUAUAAUUAUGUUAAAAAGUGACUUCAUUUAUUGCAUUUAAGUGAUUUUUUUAUGUAUGAUUAAUUUGAGACCGUGAUUUAUUAUUUGUAAAUCUUUUAUAUAAGUACUCGAUUAUAGAUACCCCUAAUAUUUUCAGUCGGAAACGCUUAUUAAGACUAUUGUUUAAUGAAAAAUAGUUAACCUAUUAUUGUUCCUGUAAAUAUGCUUCUAUUUUGACAAUAAUUUACUAAUUUAUGUCAAAACAGAGUAUUAGGUAGACAUAAUGAUAAGCAAAUAACUAAACAUAUUAUAUUGAAUAAUUUCUUUUCAAUGAUAAAUCGACAUUGUUUUAUUAAAUAGGAAUCUGAGGGACCAAUUUGAAACGCGCAAUACGUAAUGUUGAUUCCUCUACAUAAUCCAGAGAGAUGAAUGCAGCUUUCAAAGUUUCGCGUUUCAAAGUGUUCCGUCAUAUAAAUAUUGAAUUUUAGGUAUUUCAUCCAAUUAACAAAGGUAGUUUAACACAAUACCUGAAUAAUCUAAUCAGCAUCAGAUUAUACCAUAACUUACAUUUGAAUUUAAAAUCUCAAUAAUGUAUAAUUAUUAAUUUCAAAUUGAAAUCCAGUUGUAAAUACGUAUGUUAGAUAUAAUGUUCUACAUAAGUACAUUGCUGGUUAUUUUAUGACAAAAUAAAAAUGUAUGUACAGCGUACGACUUAAAGCUAAAAAUGUACCUAUUUGCAACUGGACAUUAGUCAAUAGAAGAGCACUGAAAAGAUUAAAUUAUUGAGCACUGGUCUCAACCAUUAGAACAGGUAAGAGUUUUUUUCGUCUUAAUUACGUAUGUUAAUGUUAAUAAAAAUUGUUCUAUCAAA